GCCUGUAAGGAAAUGAGGCGUUGAGCUCUGAGAGGAGGAGAGAAGGAGAAAAGGGAGGAGGGGGGGAAACUUGCUGGCAACGCCUGCCAGAUUCACAGCAGCUCUGCGCGAUUUAUCGCAUCUUCGCAUCUAACACUAAGUGGCUCAUCCAGACAAUUUACAUUUACAGUCAACCUGCAGAACUGCUCCUCCAAGUGCGGAGUUCAUGCAUAAAGAGUUUUCACUGCUGAUGCUGGGGAGAUAAAACCUUUAUCUCCCAUCUUCUCUUAUCGCCAUCUCAUAUUUUCCUCCCCCGCGCAACUGAGUCAACACCGGUGGCAUAUUGGACGCGCUGGAUGGCUGCUGCAGUUAACGAACCGGUGUGAAUCCUUUUGUUCAAUCUUCAUCUUCCUCUGCCUUUGAGCCUGAAAACAAAACAACUAGUGCAGCAAUAAUGACAGACCCGGCGACCCAAGACCCUGUCCCAGAGCUGACUAUUGUGGAUCCCUGCCCAGUCACGGUGCGGAACGGCCAAUGCGCCCCGGAUGGCUUCACUAACCACCAUCACCAGCAAGCCAAGAGCCCCAGCCAGCCCGAGGGGCUCACCACGGGCCAGGAGAUGAAAAUCACAGACGGUGUGGAGGGAGAAGGUCUUCUUGAGAGCAGCAUGCGCCUGAAGCCCCAUGAGGCUCAGAGCUACAGGAAGAAGGCACUCUGGGUCUCCUGGACCUCCAUCGUGGUCACACUCAUACUGGCUGUGGCAGCUUUCACUGUAUCAUUCAUGAGGCACAGUGCGUCAGCCUUUGGAUUUGCUUUUGAUGCCACGCUGGACGUCCUGUCAUCAGCCAUUGUCCUCUGGCGCUACAGCAAUGCGGCAGCUGUGCACUGUGCACAUAGAGAGUACAUAGCAUGUGCAGUCCUGGGGAUUGUGUUUGUUCUCUCCUCCAUGUGCAUCCUCGGAAAGGCCAUUCAUGAUCUGGCUGCCAGGGUGCCCCCACAAGUGGUAAGACCACACACACAGAAACACACACACUGGCUCACUCUUUGUAAGAUUUAUAUUAAUUUCAGAAAAUAUUUCAGGACAUUGAGCGGGCUCACAUGCUCUGUGCUGGCAGUGGCCAAAUUCAUGCUGGGAAAAGUGCUGACUAGCCGGGCACUCAUCACUGAUGGAAUUAACUCCCUGAUUGGAGCUGUUAUGGGAUUUUCCAUUUUGAUCAGCGCCGAAGUCUUCAAGCACCAUACUGACGUCUGGUUUCUGGAUGCCACCAUGGGCGUUAUCAUUGGACUCAUCAUUAUGGCAUAUGGGGUCAUGCUCCUGAAGGAUAUGGUGCCCCGCGUGAGACAGACGAGGAACUAUGAACGCUUUGAGUGAGAGACCUGUGUGUUGACCAGACGAGCAGGUUCACACACACACACACACACACGCGUACCCACACACCUGGCUGCCUCCUGUCCUCCGCCCUCUUCUCUCUGUCUUUCAUACACACUUACUGUACAUGCACACUUCACCUGCACAUACAUACAAAUGUUACACACUCAUGUUCUCAAAUACAUGCAUAUAUAGGCAUAUGCUGUAUAUACUGUACAUACAGUAGUACAUUGAUACAUUCAGACAUAACAUGCAUGCACACAGACAUUUGAGAGAUGCUGAGUGAAAAGGACAUGAUGGAAGACCAUCUCCUGGAAAGACAGCACUUCAUUGAAUUCCUUCUUUUCUUCUCUUUGUCACUUUUUGUCUGUGAAACCACCAUUUGAGACUCCUGUCUACCAACAGAGGCUUUUGAUUCAUUCAAUCUGGACAUGCAGUACCUGCUGCUAACACGCCACCAUUCACACACGGCAGUGUUUACACAGAAAGAAGCAGUAUAAUGAUUUGUCUGUGUGGGUUUAGCUACUACCUUUGUGGGCAUAAUGGUAAUAAAAUCAAAAUGUUUCAGAAGCAGUAGAUUGUAUUUAAGCGAGGCCUACACAAAAACUCAGUAUGUUUACCCAUGUAAACAUAUACACAUACAAUUAAAGUAUGAAGAACUUUUUAAAAUAUCUCCCUGUUAUAUCUUAAUUAAAAAUACAAACUAUAUUGAGCUGUGAUCCCCACUAUUUUAUUAGUAUUGUUAUUACUUUUAGCUAUAAUUAAGUACAAGUCCUCCUUUUCUAAAACACAGAGAACCAGUAAAAAGCUUACCAGCAUCUAUACAUCCUUAUUCGUUGCUGAAAGAGGAAAAGACAAAGUGAAAAGCAGAGAGAAAGAGACUUUGACAGAGAGCCCAUACAGUAAGCAAUACUGAGUCAGUAAACACUGCAAUCAAGGUCAGCCUUGAUCUGAAAUCAAGCAUUAAAAAAGAGACACUACAAACAAAUAUUUAUCAUACAGUGGCUAUAAACCUAAGUGCACAAAGCUGAGGUUAUCUGACCUGUUACAUUGCAUAGCUACUGCACUGUUUGUGAUGUGUCCAAACACACGAGAGCAGAGUUUUCCUCCUUCCAUAGGUGUUUGUUACUGACAGUUCAGCACAGUUCCCACAUUGGGUGGUUACAAACUACUUCAGGGUAUUUAGCCAGUUUUAUCUUAACUGCUGCAUCUGACUUAACAUAUGUUUCAUUGCCAUAUUGUACAUAUCUUUUGUUAACAACACACAUACCUUAGUUAUUUAUUGUAACCCAUUAAAAACUUUUUUUUACUUGCAGUUUUGAAUAUUGCCAAAGUAUUACCCACUAAUGACAUUAGUAAUGUUUUUAUAAGAUGAUAAAAAACAGCAAAAGCACAUCAAUUAUCUUGUUUUAGCUGCAAUAUGCUUUCAGCUUUAGUUCACGAAUAGAUCUUAAAGCACUAAACUCUGCAGGAACGUUUUCUCCACAAUUAGCUGUGAUUCUGUUAUUUAUGAUUUUGUCUAUGGAAGUUUGUACUUAAUCAGGUUGGGGUAUUUAUUACUUUUAUUAAUAUUUUAUUUUCCCCUUUUGGCUGUAACAUAUGGGAAAGAUAAAACCUAAGAUGAAUCUAAGCACAAAGACACAGACAUACAGUCCAAAUCAUUUGCAGAGUGCAUUUUCCUCUGUCUGCAUCUCUAAUUAUUACCUAUUUGUUCUGCACAUCCUCAUUGUUAUCAUUCAUCAUUAUGUGCAACAGACAAUGUAAAUACAAACCUCAUAGUCUGUAAAUAUGUUUAUUACACUGUUUGGGUCCUUCAGUAAUACAAGUCACAAAUAGUCAUAGUGCUUUAUGGCCAGCAUAGUAGGCUUUUUGGAGUAGACAGCUCAUAGUUAAAAUACAGGAUGAUCAAUGUUACAUAUAGCCAGCAAUGUUUACUCUAGUGCACAUAUAUGUUUUGCAUAUUACUGUAGAUUAAUGGUGAAAUGAAAUCACAAGUCUAACUGUAAUUGUUUUGAGUGCAAGUGAAAAUCUCAGACUGGAUGUAGGUGUGAUCUGACAACACUCUUCAAGACUCAGCUCUGUUUUUAUCUGAUUACAAAUAUCUUUUUAUCUUUGUUUUCCAAUUCAAAGAACCUUGUCUAAUUAAGAAAUCAAAUUAUUCGAUUUUGUACAAAUUCAAAUGGAUUUAAUUUGACAACAAAAAUAGACAGAUGCUGUAUUAUGUACAAACAAAUACUGGAUAAGUUCACUAGUGACCAAACAUUCUCACAAUUAGUCAAGGUACAGGUAGAGUGUUGGUGACCUUUUUUUCCUUCUAUGAAUGUGGAUCCAUAAUGCUGGUGAGCCUCCUUGUGGUUGGAAGCGCCAUGACAAGAGUAUUAAUAUUCACUGAACUGAAUCCAAGGGAGCAUCUAUAUUUAGCCCAGGUUGAAUACAGAUACAAAACCUUGGACAGCGACCAUCAAGGGGCCUACAUCUGCUCUCUACUCUGUAAUUACCAAGCAUGAGAUGAAAUACUGGAUGGGGUGCAAAACUAUGUAAUUGAUAUUCUUUAGUUUUAUUGGGUGAAGAAUAAGGAUUAGCUAUAAACUGAAGGUGGAACUCAGUUCACACCACGUCAACUCACCAACGGUGCACAGAUUUGUAAUCUUUCCACCUCUCUUAGAUGCAUAAAAGACAAUCUUUACAACGACUUACUGGCAAAGCACAGUGUUUACAUGCUGACUUAUGGUGUGAGAGAGGGGAACCCAAAUGCAAACAUAAAAAGUAUAGUGAGGAACUCAAAUACUUAAUAAUGGCAACAGCUGUUCAAAUAAACAAGGAGACACAAGUAUGACAGUGCAAUUUCAACACUGACGUGAGGCUAUGGGUAGAGACAAAUGGCAAACAAUGACUAGACUGGAAAUGACAAAAAUAAUAGUGGAUGGAAUAGUAAACUCACAAAGCAAAAGACAUGACUGGGACAGGUACAAUAACUGGGGAUACUGCCUGGGAGAACAAGGCAACAAGAGCCAAAGACAGGCAACAACUAAUGACACACAAUUAUACAACUAACUAGAAACAAAAGACCAUGACCAAGACAAGUAUGACCAGCUACUGAGCACACAGGCUAAAGGCCGACAGACAAAACAACAAGAGGGAAAAGAAACUAAAUGACAAAACUGGGCACAAACCGGUUAACAGGUGCAGGACAAGCUUUUGGUAAAUGAGAACACUAUGUUAGCAGCACAGGGAUCCGAACAGUAGAAGUCAAUAAACAAACCAGCAACUGAAUAUAAAGGCUGACAGAACAGGGCCAAUGAGCAGCAGGUGUAAGUGAUCAGAAGUAAUCAGUGGCCAAAGUAAAGCUGGAGCAGGUGAGAGUGGCAUGAGACAGGAAGUAUUUUCCAAAAACCUUGGCUGGGUUCUGAGAUUGUGUCUGUGGCCCGCUUACACUUCUCAGGGGUGGGAAAUCUUUGAAGGGGCUGCACUUGUAUGCAGUUGUAUUUCAUUCAAGACGUGUUUUUUCCUUCUGCCCCGUGACCUGCCCCAUGCAGCAUGACCCUCAUGCUCCAUCUAACUAAAAGACUGUUCAAGGAUUGUGAGAAAUGACCCCAUGAAACUGCUAACUGUGUUAGUUUAUUUAAACAGUCCAAAAACAAGUUUAAUACUGCAGCCUAAUUAUUCUGUGCCAAAUCACUGAAAUUAUGUAGUUGCAUGCAAAAUGUGGGCAUCUGUGGGAAGUUUACAGAUUGUUUUUUGAAGUGAAAAGAGGUAAAUACAACUCCUGCAACAAAUAGACAUUAAAAAUGAGCCUUUCUUCAAAUGUUAAUGCAGUGUUACUUUUUCUUUCAUUGAUUUAAAAUGUCAUGCAGUGAGUCACGAAAGUGAAAGGAGGCUGGCUUCUGAAACAGUGAAUUAACAUUUGGCAUUACAGUAGCAUUCUGCUGUUUGCUGCAUAGGUUGCAUUUUCACUUCACAAAUCAGCAAAGUAUGUCGUUUGCCCAGGGGUGUCCAAACAUUUGCAUACAAAUGUACAUCUGCUCUUUUUGACAUGUGUGUAUCUUAUUAUUGGUGCAGAAAAGGCAUCAAAUCAUUUACACUACUUCAUUUCACAAAAUUAUGAUAGCAAUACAACCUUCUUCCCUGUUGCUAAAGGCUUUGCAUGGACUUGUAAAAACUCUGACAGGUGCACACACACAUACAAAGCACAGAUGGAAAUAUGUAACAGAACUGACAACAAAUCUAACUACAGUGUACGUAAUAGAAUGUUUAACUGUCUGUUUGUACAAUAAUGACAUCAGUGGUAUUGCAGAUGAUGUAAAACACCAUGUAUUUAUGUAAAAGAACAAUGAAGUAUGUCUUUGUCAAAGAGCAAAGUUUUAUUGAUUAAUAAAGUUUUAUCCUGCUUAUUCGUCA